AUGACAAAUAUUGAUAUUGAUCACAUCAAUAAACAGGAAGUUCCAACGGGGAGUAUAACCGUUGAACGGUUGAAUGAAUUUGUUUUUGGACUAUCUAGAUUUGUCCAAGGUGCAUCGAAAGAAUCCAUAGAUCAAUUCCAAUCAGCUGAGGCAUCAAACUCCUUUAGAUCAUUCAUUAAGACACCUUCAAAAGGUGCUUUGUUUGUGUAUAAGAUGAUCUCUGAACAAGAUGAAACUACUCUCACUUUUAGAAUUCUACUUAACACAGUUCCGAGAUUAACACAUGUUUCCUCAAUUCUUGCACUACUGAAAGAUACCGGCCCUAUUAAAAGUGAACGUGAUUUACAGAUUAUCAAUGUCCCAAUAACGGAAUUUGUUGAAAAAUCAUUAGUAGGCUAUUUAAAAGAUCUGGUUAGUCAAACUGUGGGCACUUUCUUUGAAGCAUUCACUAGAGAAAAUCAACAAACACACAACUUGAGUCCAUCAUUCACAACCACGAAAAGAAAAAUAGCCGAACUAACAUUGGCAUUAGAGCAGUUUCAACAAGAAAUCAAAGUUCCUGAGCUUUUAAAAUUUACUCAUGCGACAGUACGGGAGGCACUUGCUCAAAGUGUUUCCACAGGCGAAUCUCGACCUCCUGUUGACUUCAUAAACUCAGCGUUGAUUGAAAAUCCAGAGUACAUCAACGAAAUACACAGCAUAGUCAACAAUUGGAUAAGAUUAGCACAACAGAUAACUCAUCUUUCUCAUGAGCCGGAUGACGGAUCCAGUGAAGAUGAAGUUAGAUUUUGGAUUACACUUGAACACGUUUUGAUUCUCCUUAAAACUCAGCUGGAAAGCCCUGAGGUGACCGUUUCAUUAGAAGUCUUGAAAAAAGCUAAACGGUUUUCUGCUACUGUCAGUUUUAUUCCUGAUACCGGAAUCAGCCAAGCUCUUUCCAUUGCCUCACAGUAUACCCCGUUUUUGAAAGAGAUUCCAAUGCAAAGUUUUAUUACGGCUACCGAUAUACAGAAACUCCAAGAGUCCGUAUCAGAUGUUUUCUACAGUUUGAGAAAAUUAAAAUCUACAGAAUAUCCCGUUCCAAGAGCUUUGAUAUGGAUUGAAACUUUUUCCAAAGAUAUUAAAAAGAAGCUGCAACUAAUAAUCGAACAGUACCAUCUCAUGUUUUUACCAUUUGAUGAAUUUAUCCAAAAGACCGCAUCCAUUGAAAGAUUUUUUGUUAAUUUACAUGAGCAGCUGCAAUUGUUUAUUGAGCUAGCUAGGCUCGUUGUUCGCAAGAGGUCAGAGAAAUAUUUGCUCAUUAAAGUCAACCUACAAACAGAUGAAAUGGAGGAGCAACUUCAAUAUGUAAAAAGAUUUAGAUCAUCUCAUCAUGACCUCUAUAAUAUUAUUCAUCAUAUAACCAGUGUACAAACAAUGGUGAAUAGCAGUGAUCUUUUUAGAGCUCUGGAGUUGGCAUAUGAGCCGAUGAAGAACUUAAACUGCAUCGACACAUCCUCUGAAGGUAAAGCUUCCUUUUCAGCCGCAGAAGCAAUUUACACCGCCAGAAAGGAACAGAUUGAAGCACAAUUGAUUGGGAUAUUCAGAGACAGGAUGGACCUCGCAUCAACUUUUAGCCAAAUGAUUCAAGCAUACCAAAGCUUUAGUUUUCUCCUCUCCCGCGCGUCUGUCGUGUAUGCAGUUCAAGAUCAUCGUUUACAGCUGCUAAAGUUUUUUAAGGAUGAAGUCACUCAAGUAUCUUUACAAUUAUCUCAUGAUUCGUCUCUUGAGAGUCUUUUGCAACUCCGAGGAGUAACCCGAAUGAGCCAUGCAAUGUUAAAUUCCAUUCAUUUAAUAAACAAGCUUGAGAAAUUAGUGGCAAAACUUGAACUUGUAUUAGGCAAUGACUGGAACCAGUACCCUGAUGGUCAAAAACUACAAGCUGAUAUCUUCAAUCUUAAAUCAAGGCUCAAUACGCAGGAGAUAUACUCACAAUGGCUCGAGAGAUAUAAAGGUCUUGAUGAAGAUUUAUUACAUAAUAAACCCGUUUUGAGAAUUGUUAAAAACAUAACUACCGAUCACCUUCAAGUUUUUGUAAAUUUUGAAGAUAAAAACUUUCAGUUCUCAAAGGAUAUCGAAUCUCUCAUUAACAUGGGAUUCGAUGUACCCCAGAAUCUAAUACGUGCAAAUAAAAAGAUCAAACAAAUUCUUCCAAUAGUUACAGGCCUCUCAUUAUCACUCUUGCUAUUUGCCAGUAUAAUGAAAACAGUUGACCAGUAUGAAAUGUUUCAGAUCCUUCUCCGACCGGCGAUUGAGCAAAUAGUUCAACAAAUAUCUCAUAUAUUGGACACUACUUGGGACAUUGUGCUGAAAGCUCAAGAUUUGAAAUAUCUCGUACAGACGGAAUCCAAACCUAUAGAAAUACAAGUUUUUGAUCUAAUUAUUAAGACACAGGAUGAUAUCUACCAAGCAUACCGACAGCUUGAAAGUCUUAUUAUAUUCAAAACGAAAUUGCAUGAGCUAUUUGUGAAGUUAAAGGAAUGCCCUUUUUCUUUGAUUUCAAUCAAGGGAGCAUUAUCUCUAUUUCAAAAGAUUGUUAAUGAUCUUUCCAUUCAUUAUAACAACGAGGUGAUGUCAAAUUUUGCUAGUUUUUUGAAUAAUGAGCUUUUAGAGGCUUUGAGAAAGAAAGCUGCCCAUGAGCUUGAAAGGUGGCGAGAUCACUUUACCAACCAAACAUCUGAGUGUACUAUCAAGUCAAAACACAUAGUUGAGAUUGAGAAACGGCAGGUAUCAAUUGUGCCCCCACUUCAGUAUUUUAAGACUAUAUGCGUUCAAGAACUGGGCCAACUUAUUGAGGUAGUACAAGAGCAAGAAAUGCUAAUAUCGGGUUCAAAAUCUGAAAUCAAUAAGUUUUCGUUCGUAAGCGAUUUACUUUAUGAAGAUAUUGUACUGUGUCUAGAAUCGCUAGAGAGAAGUUAUCAUCUAGCAAUCACAUACUUCAAUACGUGGUACGAGUGCGAAUCUUUGUGGCAUUUAAACUUGCAGGACGUUGUGUCUCAGUUGAACAAUGAAAUUGAAUUAUGGUCAACCUUUGUUCUAGAGUUCAAUUCUGCAAGACUUACUAUAGAUCAACCAACCUACAGACAAGGUCCAUUGUUUAUAAAUUGUGAGCAAGUAUAUGAUCGGGUCACUUCCAAGUAUGAUCAAUGGCAGAGUGAUAUUCUUCUGAGGUUUGCAGAGUUAUUAGAGGAGACAGGCCUAUCUCUAAGAUCAUCCCUAAGUGAAGCAAGGGCGAAGCUGGAAUCCAGAUCCAUUGACCCUAGAAACAUGAAGAGCACAAUUCGACUGAUUGUUGACAUCACCGAAGUUCAAGAGAAUAUUCCCUCUUGGAAUAGACAUGUUCAGCUUUAUGAAUCUGGCCAAAAAAUUUUACAGAGGAGCAGAACGAAUCAAAAAAAUCAAUCACUGUCUCACCACCAACUAUUCUCAGAUUUUAUGUCUGUGUCAGAUCUUCUUACCUCAAGGCUCACUUCUUUAGAAAAAUUACAUAACAAUAUUGCAGAAGAUUUAGAGUCCGAGGCAUCGACACUAUCUGAAAAAAUAGAGUACACGAAGAACAAGUGGAAUUUGGAGAAGCCAAUAUCUGGAAAAAUGAAACCAAUGGAUGCGUUAGAAUCACUCAAAAUCUUUCAAAAAUUAUUCACGGAUUUGGAAGAAGAGGCUCAGAGAGUAAAUGCAGCCAUUUCCUUAUUAAAAAUUCCUCUUCGUCCUGCAUUCGAUCUUCAGGAUUGCCGAAUUGAGUUUAACGAUUUAGAAUCGGUUUGGAGAACUAUAGAGACCAUAAAUGUAGAUAUUGAACAUAUUCGCAGGGAGAAAUGGCUGAAUCUAAAAAUUGUUACCCUUCAACAAGCGCUUGAGGAAAUAUCUUUAAAAGGAAAGUCUACUCCUGUUGCAAUUCGUCAGUAUCUUGCAUUUGAAGAAGUCCUCAAUGAAAUUAAGAGAUUGACUGAGGCCGUAGUAAUCCUAAAUGAACUUAAGAACCCUAAUAUUAAACUACGACAUUGGAAUCAGCUUUUUGAACUGCUUGAGCGGAGUCCAAUCGCUCUGGAAGAACUGACUAUUGGCACUCUUUGGGAUCUCGAUUUAUGUUCAUCUAGGGGGCCCAUUCAGGCUUUGGUAGAGCAGGCAAAUGGAGAGGGAUCAAUCGAAGAUUCUCUUUCAAAGCUCGACAGUACUUACCAGAGUUUAUUCUUUGAGACUAUUCUUUACAAGGGAAAAUACAAGAUCAUCAAGGGAUGGGAUCGUUUAUUUCAACAAUGUAGUGAUGACAUCAACUUACUGGCCUCGAUCCACCACUCUACCCAUUAUAAAACGUUUCGGCAUGAGGUAAUCACUUGGGAAGAUAAGCUAAAUGAGCUUUAUAGGAUCUUAGAUACUUGGGUCGAUGUCCAGAAACAAUGGGUGUAUUUGAAUGGAAUUUUUGAUGAAAGUGUUGAUAUCCAAAGAUUAUUACCCUUAGAAUAUUCAAGAUUUCGUAAUGUAUCAUUGGAAUUUACUAGUUUAGGUCAAAACUUAGGAUUUUUGGUUCUUCAGAUUCGUGAAGAAAAGGGACUUGCGAACAAGCUGAACACUUUACAGAAAGCACUUCAAGUGAUCAAAAGAUCUCUAAGCAAGUUUUUGGAAGGUCAACGUGAUAUUUAUAGCAGAUUCUACUUUUUGGGCGAUGAUGACCUGAUUGAACUUAUUGGACAGUCUAACAACCUUCUUAUUGUAUCAAAACACAUCCAGAAGCUAUUUCCAGGAGUUUCAACUUUAAUUCAGCAAGAUACCAAAGUAAUUGGUUUGAAAUCGCCUGAACAAGAGGUGUUUUAUUUGAACAGUCCUGUUCUUGCCCAAGGAGCGGAACUAGUGAGUUUUCUACAGUUGCUAGAGGAGGAAAUCAAAUGUUCAUUGUCUUCGUAUAUUACCGAAGCAUUGUCUACCUGGAAUAAAUGCAUUAGUGAUCCUUGCAAUGAUUCCUUGCUGCUGCACCUACUCGAGUCAUUUCCUGGCCAAGCAAUCAUUGUUGGACUACAAUUGUUGUGGACCAACGUAAUAGAGCUUAACUUUUUACCACCUGUGGAGGCAGAAAAAAAUUACUCAAAAAUACUGAGAACUGUAUCCAAGUUGGUAUUAGGUGAGAUAAAUCAUAUUUUGAGACGAAAACUGGAAUCUAUUAUUAUUGAACUAUUACAUCAAGCGAACUUUAUAUCUGAAUGGACGCAGCAAGAAAUUUCGUUGAGUUCCCCUGAAUGGUCGUUACAACAGAGAUUUUAUUUUGACUCCUUGUCAACGACAACCACCCAAAUUAUUGUUAAACAAGGACUUGCUUGUUUCCAGUAUGGAUAUGAAUAUCUUGGAAUUCCACCAAGACUUGUGUAUACCCCAUUGACUCACAAAGCUUUCAUUUCAAUGACUCAAAGCCUUGAUCAAAAACUUAGCACAUCUUUAGUUGGACCAGCUGGAACGGGUAAGACUGAAACGGUUAAGGCACUGGGUAAUAACUUGGGACGAAUGGUCUUAGUAUUCAAUUGCGAUGAGCUUUUUGAUUUUCAAGCUGUUAACAGAAUUCUUCUUGGAAUCUGUAGGGUUGGAGCCUGGGCUUGUUUUGAUGAGUUUAAUAGACUGGAUACAAGCACUUUAAGUGCACUUUCGACUGAAAUUGCAAAGAUCCAGUUUGCCUUGCAGUCAUCAUCAGCAGUGGAAGUGGAGAUACUCAAUUCCUUCACAGCUAUUAACAAGGCUUCAAGUAUAUUCAUUACAAGCAACCCAGACUAUUCUGGGAGAUCUAUAAUGCCUGAAAAUCUGAAGGAUAAAUACAGAGUCAUCAACUUACUUCAGCCAGACUUACAUAUGAUUGUCCAGGUUCAGUUGACUACGCAAGGCUUUCGAAAUGCACAAAGCAUAACUUCGGCCAUAACCCCUUUUUUUGAACAGAUGAAGCAAUUUUGUACCGACCAAAUUCAUUAUGAUUUUGGUUUGCGAGCUUUCAAAGGGUUGCUGGCUAAUUGUGGAGCCCGUAGGCGGAGAAUUUCAACGCCAUCAUCAGAUGCUUUUACUGAGGAAGCUGAAUUUAAAUUGGUACUAGAUAGCUUGGAAAAGAUAAUUCUACCUAAGCUUGUCGAAGAGGACGAAAAAUGGUUUAAUACUUCUAUAAAAAAGUUCAAAUACUAUUCAGAAUCUACUCAAGAACCUAACAAUCUUGCCAAGAAGAUUCAUGAUCUUGCCAAAGAUAACGGGUUUAAUACAGGGAGCAAAUGGCUGAAGAAGUUGACUCAGAUGCAUGAUAUACAGACAGUGAACAAUGGUGUAAUUCUGGUUGGGCCCUCAGGUUCUGGAAAAACGACGGCAAGGAGGCUUUUGUUGCAAGCCAUGAAGGAAGAUGAAAAUGGAGCUGAUAACAUAUGUCAUAUAAUCAACGCCAAGGUUCUCAAGAAAGAGGAGUUGAUAGGGUCAUUAGACAUAACUACACGGGAAUGGACAGAUGGAGUUUUCACUUCACUUCUUCGGCAAGUAAACCUUAAUUUACGAGGAGAAUCUCGCAAGCGUGUUUGGUUUGUGUUUGACGGUGCAAUUGAUCCGGUUUGGAUUGAAAGUUUGAAUUCAGUUUUAGACGAUAACAAAGUAUUAACCCUUCCAAGCGGAGAAAGACUUUUUUUUCCAAACAACUGCCGAGUCAUUUUUGAGGUUGAAUCACUGAACAAUGCCACUUCAGCAACAAUCAGUCGUUGUGGGAUAGUAUGGUUUGGCCAAUCUCUGUUUAGUGUCCAUGACGUCGUUGAGUAUGAAAUUUGCCGAUUAGUGGACCCUACCACGCAGAACGCAACAAAUAAUUUGAUGGAGAAUACUCAACCUGCUCUUAUUUCGGCUACUUUGGAAAUGUUUGCAACGGAACUUAGGAAGCAUCUCAGAGGAAACCUGUUGAAUUCAUUAAUAGAAUCUGUUCAAUAUGAUUUCCACGUGGAGAAUUUCAGCCAUUCAAGAGUUUUAACUACACUCUUUGCCCUCCUUCGGCAACAGCUUAACCGCUUACUGGAUUAUUUGAGGGUAAAUUCCUCGUUAACGAAUUUCAGUUUUACUAAGUUUAUUCGAAGAUCGCUUCUUGUAGCGUUGAUCUGGUCUUUUGCGGGCGAUUCCACCGAUGAUGUAUCUGCAAAGCUUGAGAAACUACUAUUGGGCAGCCCAAUGUUUUUAGAAGACGCACCAUUUUUGGGACCCAUUAUUAAUAAUGUAUGUGAGUUGCCAGAUGGGCAGUGGAGAAAUUAUGAAAGUGAAAUCAGUGUCAGCCCUUGCAUCGAUAUAUCUCAACCUAAUUCUCAGGUAAACACUGUGGACACCAUUCGCAAUGAGAAGCUAAUUUCAGGGUUGCUGAGUAUCAAUCGACCGAUACUUUUAGUGGGACCACCAGGAUCAGGAAAGACAAUGAGUAUCUGUUCCGUGUUGCGGAAAUCAAGCCGAGUUAUAUUUGUGGCAAUGAAUUUUUCGAAGGAGACUUUACCAUCGACACUCAUUAAAACCUUAGAACAGUAUGCUACCUACAAGCAACGAGGAAAUAGACUAAUUCUGAGUCCCGAUAUUGAAAGUAAGAACGUUGUCGUUUUCUGUGACGAAAUUAACUUGCCCAUGCCUGACCAUUAUGGUGUCCAGCCAUUAAUCGAACUACUAAGACAAAUUUUUGAGUAUUCUGGCUUCUGGUAUAAAGGAAAUUGGGUUACUUUAGAAAAUAUUCAGUUUGUUGCUGCCUGUAAUCCUUCGACAGACCCUGGUCGAAAUAAGUUAAGCCCCCGAAUUGUUGGCAAGUUUGCUGUAUUUCUAGUCGACUACCCAGGCAGAGAUUCUUUACUAAUGAUCUACAGAUCAUAUAUUGACUCUGUAUUAAGGGCAACUCCUAACCUCAAAGGGUUUUGUGAUCCGCUGGCUGAGUCUAUGAUUGAAAUUUACGAAUGCUCCCGGAAGAAAUUUACUCCGUCACAAAGGAAACACUAUGUUUAUAGCCCGCGUGAACUAACUAGGUGGUCUAAAGGGAUAUAUGAGGCUGUAGCAGGUAGUGUGAAUUUGGAGCUGGAUCAGUUUUUAAGAAUUUGGGUCCACGAGGCCAUUCGACUCUUCUGUGAUCGUUUGACAAACAAGGAUGAAAAAUUUUGGUGUUUUCAAAUGAUAGCCGAAGUUGCUAGUAGUCACUUCUUGAACAUAAACAAGGAGAAAAUAUUCCGGCAGCCAAUGCUCUACACUCGAUGGAUUUCAGGGUCAUAUGAAAGUGUUGACAGUUCUGAGUUACUAUCCUUUUUGAGUCAAAGGUUGAUGGUUUACUCAGAAGAGGAAACUGAAUCUUCCAUGGUGUUGCAUGAUGACUUGCUAGACCACAUUCUUCGCAUCGAACGUGCACUUAAUCAAGUUCAAGGGCAUUUAAUCUUAGUUGGCCCAAGUGCAACUGGCAAGUCGAGCUUAACAAAGUUUGUUUGUUGGAUGAAUCAGUAUAAAUUUGUGCAGCUUAGCACAUGGAAAGGAUAUACGAUCCUUAACUUCGAGGAACAGCUUCGGAAGAUACUAGUCGAUACUAUCAAAGAAAAUCAGAUUGUAUUGCUGAUCGACGAAAAUGAUAUAUCCGACACGUCCUUUAUUGAAAGAAUGAAUAAUUUAUUAGCAAAUGCCGAAAUUCCAGGAUUAUUUGAAGGCGAUGAUUUGAACUUACUCAUCAGUUUAUGCCAGGAAGCUGAACCGUUGCUUGAAACUCAUGAUGAGAUUUUUUCUUGGUUUUCUAAGAUUGUUGCUCAAAGAUUACAUAUUGUCAUAACCAUCAAUGACCCAAAUGAUACUACAAAACCAGAUUUGGUAUCUUCGCCAGCACUUUUUAACCGAUGUGUUGUAAAUUGGCUUGGUGACUGGUCAGUGUCGACGCUAAAACAGGUUUGUGCGGCUCAACUAGAGAAUCUUGAUCUAACCAAUUAUGAAGGUUCUGAAAGUCCUGGUGAUAUAUUCCGUAACAAUAUAAAUGAGGCUUUUGCUAAGAUUCAUUCGUCUGUCGAGUUUUCCGAAAUUACUGCAGGUCAUUAUCAGGCUUUUUUGGGAACUUUCGUCAAGUUAGUAAACGAGCAAGGGGAAAAAAUGCAAGAUAAGCAAAACCACCGCAAUAUGGGGCUUGACAAAAUAAAGGAGUCAGUUUUAGAAGUUGAACUACUGAAAGAACAAUUAUCUCUAAAAGGAGAUGAGUUAAAGGCGAAAAAUGCUGAAGCAAAUAAAACUUUAGAUACGAUGCUUUUCGAACAGAAUGAAGCUGAAAAAAAACAGGAAGUAUCAAUCCAGAUUCAGAAAUCUCUUGAGAUACAAGAGAAACGCAUUAGAGAAAGGCAAGAGAUUGUCGCUCAAGAUCUUGCAAUUGCAGAACCAGCAAUAGUCGAAGCUCAGCAAGGGGUGAAGAAUAUUAAGAAGCAACAUUUGACCGAGCUUAGGUCCAUGCUGAACCCUCCAGAAGCAAUAAAAUUAACUUUAGAAGCUGUAGCUGUAUUGUUGGGGUUUGAGGUUGCUAACUGGAGGGAAGUUCUAUCAGUUAUUCGAAAAGACGAUUUUAUUGCCAGCAUUGUUCACUUUAAUGGCGAUGAACAAAUAACACCAGAACUUUCUUCGUACAUGGAGGACACUUACUUCAAUCAUCCGAACUUCAACUUUGAGUCAGUGAAUCGAGCAAGUAAGGCUUGCGGACCGUUAUUACUAUGGGUGCAAGCUCAGCUGAAGUAUUCGCAAGUCAUUGAAAAGGUGUCACCACUGAGAGAUGAAAUGUUAUUUCUUGAGGAAGAAGCUUCUGAUGCAAGAGCCCGGCUUAUAGCCCUAAAUGAAAUGAUUGAAGAAUUGGAGGGAAGUAUAAACGGUUACAAGCUGCAAUAUGCUGGUCUGAUCAGAGAGAUAGAAAAUAUCAAGCAGCAAAUGGAAACUGUUGAAAAUACUUUACUCAGGAGUGUCUCACUUUUAGAGAGCCUUGCGGCCGAGCGUGAUAGAUGGUCCAUGUCUAAAAGUGAAUUUUUUGAUAGACGCAAAACCCUUGUUGGUGACUGUUUGAUUUCAGCUGCCUUUAUCGCUUAUUGUGGUUUCUAUGGGGAAGAAACUAGGAGGGCACUGAUAAGAAAGUGGAAGACUGUUUUGGAACUGCUGAAUAUUUCUUUCAGAAAUUCUCAUACUAUUGUUAAUCAUCUUGGGGUGUUCGGAGAUUUAGUGUCUUGGGAAGCAUUUGGUCUUCCACGCGACAAUAUAUCCAUAGAAAACAUGAUCAUCUUGUCACAGAGUUCCAAAUUUCCAUUUAUUAUUGAUCCUUCUGGUAAAAUACAAAAUGUGUUGACCAAUUGUAUUUCGGAUCAGCCUCCAAUAGUAACUAGUUUUCAAGACAGAUCUUUUGUGAGACAGCUUGAAAAUGCCCUGCGUUUUGGAAGCACUAUUAUUCUACAAGACGCUGAGCACUAUGACCCCAUUAUACGUCCAAUAUUGGGAAAUAGUUUUGAAAGAAUAGGUGGAAGAAAAUUGAUCAAGAUUGGGGAGCAUAAAAUUGAUUUCUCUCCUAAAUUCAAGCUGAUUCUAAUUUCAAAAGAUCCAAGCGUAAUAAUACCUUCAUACGUUGCCAGUCGAACCACAAUUCUUAAUUUCACUAUUACUGAGAACUCUGUUGUUUCUCAAGUUUUGAAUAACGUCCUAAAAAUAAGGUACCCUGUUGUGGAUGAUCAAAGAAUAGAAGUGAUUAAAAUUAACAGUGACUACCAGAUACAAUUAAGGUCACUAGAAGAUGAACUGCUCGACAAACUUUCAGAAUCGGAAGGAAACUUGCUAGAAAAUAGUGAGCUUCUGAAAACAUUAGAAAGUUUGAAGCAAGAGUCUAAGCAACUUAGUGAGAAGAUUAAAGAUACAGAAAACGUCAUUACUACCAUAGACGAAUUGAAGAAUAAGUAUACAAGUUUUGCUCAUCAUUGUUCAAAAAUAUUUCGGGUUCUACAAGCACUUUCCAAGCUUAAUGGGCUUUAUCAGGUAUCGGUAGACUAUAUGAUGAACAUUUGUAUACAUGUUUUGCAGAUUAGCCAAGAUACUAACUCCCUGGCAUCAAUAAUCAAAAAACUCUACCAAGAAGUAUUCAAGAGAUCAAGGGUAUCAAUCAAGGAUUCUCACGAGAACGUUUUCAUUUUGAUGCUCUUAUCUUCUUAUUUUGGUCCGAGCCAUCGUUUUGUUGAGCAAGUUUUGGAACCACUAUCAAGUGCACCCGUUAUUAAUGCCACCGAAUUUGUUAAAUUACUCUCUACGGGGAUGGAUGUCAAAAGUGAAGAAUCCCAGUCAAAUUGGCUGGAAGAUUCUGUAGAACUAGGGGACCAGGAUCAGUUAGAGAAACCUUUAUUAGCUUGCAGUCUACUCACAGAAAAGGCUACACUCAAAUUGAGUUUUUCAGAUGCUAUAACCCAGAUUUUAUUUGAUGGCAUUGUUCCCUAUUCUUUUAGUGAUAUUGCAACAAGCUCAGCUGAUAAUCUGGUCAUUUUAUGUACAACAGGCCAUGCUGACGUGACUACUAAUGUUCAGUUCUUAGCAGCAGAAUCAAAUGUGGACUUGAAGAUAGUUUCAAUGGGUGUAGAAGAAUCAGUGAUGAUGGCCAAAAAAGAGUUAUCUAUAUUGGAUGAUAGUUGGCUCUUACUCGAGAACGUACAAAUGUCUCCCAGUAUAUUGACGGCAAUUAUCGAAGUUUUCGAAUCAAACACAUUAACCAAGAAGAUUUUUAUGACCUGCAAUGAGAACUCAAAGAUCCCUGUUCCUCUUCUAAAGAUGGCCAAACUUGUGAUGAUUGCUGAACUUCCUGAUCUGUCAAGUUAUUUGCGAACAAUUUUUAAUGGACAAUUAUAUUGUAUGAAAUCUCCUCUACCUUUCGAAAAAACUCAUGUAUUAAUGUUAGCUGGUUGGCUUCAUUAUGUUAUACAGGAAAGAAUGCGCUACGCACCGCUUGGGUUUUCCAAAAAGUAUGACUUCGGUAGAACCGAUUUGGUUUCGGCCUUAUUUGUCAUAGAUAAAUGGAUUGGAUCCGUUUCGAAAGAAAGGACAAAUAUAAACCCGGAUCAAAUUCCAUGGGAUGCCAUCAAAUAUAUCAUCACAGAAAUAGUGUACGGGGCUCAAUUGGAAAACGAAGAAGACAGAAAAAUUGUAUCAACGUUAACUAGUCAUCUCUUCAGAAGUUUUUCAUUUGACGAUGAAUUUCAUCUGAUUACUACAAAGAAUGUCAAAUGCCUCGCUCUUCCAGAUCAUAAAUCUGUGGAUUCGUAUAUUGAAUGGUGUGAAUUGCUACCUAAACAUAUUCCUAUGAAGUGGAUCGGAUUGGAUAACACAGUAGCAAACGAUGCUCAGCAACUGGAGAUUAGAUCAAAUCUGACUGACACUAUAAUGCUGCUUAGUGAAGUAAACAUUGACAAACACUAG